CUUCGAAGGAGGUUUCAGGGGAGAAGCGCAGAGGAGACUGCUGCGGCGGACGCCUCAACCACUCCCGUGUUCCUUGGAUUCUAUUCUGACUUUUUGGUUUUAUCCCGGGAUGCGUUCGUGAAAAUCAAGCAAAGUUUUUAUCCUCUCCAAAAGUUGCAUAGUGUUUAACCUCUCCAAAGGCCAGGGGAGAAGGCGCCAAAGAUGGUGAUGCUGAAGGUCCUUGCUUUGUGCGUCCUGUAUGGAGCAGCAGUGCAUGCCCAGGUCCCAGACUUACUAUGUCAUAAGAAGCCAGAAUGCCCUAUCCACUUGUACUUUGUCAUCGACACCUCCGAGACCAUUGCCCUCCAGGAGCCCCCCCCUGGCAGCCUGGUAAACAGCACCCGUGAUUUCGUCGAGAUGUUCGUCAAGCAGCUGGAGGACGUGGACUACCGCGGCCUGGUGCAGAUCACCUGGCAGAUCGGCGCCCUGCACUUCUCCCAGACCCAGCGGAUCAUCAGCAGCAUCACGGACAAGACCUCCUUCCUGGACAGGCUGCUCAAAAGACCCGGCAUGAAUUACCUGGGCAAGGGCACCUACAUCGACUGUGCCCUCACCAACAUGACCGCGCAGGUCAAGAACUCCGGUCAGCCGAGCAUGCGCUUCGCCGUGGUCAUCACCGACGGCCAUGUGACGGGAAACCCGUGUGGUGGCAUUAAGACAGCUGCCGAGCAGGCCAAGGACCUGGGCAUCCGGCUGUUCGCUGUGGCCACGUCGAAUAAGAUGGACGACACAGGCCUGCGGGAGAUUGCCAGCUCGCCCGUUGGGGUCUACCAUGACGGCUUAAUGGCUGUGAACAUCUCAUCAACAUCAGUUGCGAUAAGCAGACCGACCGCCAAGCGUAUCAUCCAAACCAUGAUGCAUCAAGCCUACCAGGAGUGUUACAAAGUGAGAUGCCUGGAGACAGACGGCCCUUCUGGUCCACUCGGACACAGAGGACAGAAAGGUGCCAAAGGUGACCAAGGUAGCCCCGGGCCGAAAGGUGACCCAGGUCGGCAGGGUGAUCCUGGUAUUGAAGGUCCUAUUGGCCACCCUGGAUCUAAAGGAGAGACUGGCUUGAAAGGCGAUAAGGGUGAGCUCGGCACACAAGGAAAGAAGGGAGGUGCCGGGUUACCUGGACGGAAUGGAACAGAUGGCCAGAAGGGUAAAAUUGGGCGGAUAGGUUCUCCUGGUUGUAAAGGGGACCCAGGUGACAAGGGACCUGAUGGUCACCCAGGAGAUGUGGGUGACAUUGGUUUCGCUGGCACUGUUGGAGAGAAAGGAGAUCCUGGUCGUCCAGGGAGAUCAGGGCCCCCAGGCCCACCAGGAGAUGCUGGACCUAAGGGAGAAAGAGGAAGUCCAGGCACCCCAGGGUUCCCAGGGCCUAAAGGACCAGCAGGGAAGAUAGGUGGACCAGGACCAAGAGGCGAGCCUGGAAGACGAGGAGACUAUGGGCCCAAGGGGAGCGACGGACCUUCUGGGCCGAAAGGAGAGAAGGGUGAAGCUGGGCAGGAGGGACAAAGAGGUCUUCCAGGUGAAUCUGGCACGAAAGGAUCCAAGGGAGACAAUGGUUUACCAGGACCAAGGGGUCCUCCUGGAGCGUUAGGGGAACCAGGGAUCAAUGGUAGCCGUGGCGAUCCUGGUGAUGUUGGACCUAGGGGAGAUCCGGGUACUGCUGGACCCAAGGGUGAUCCCGGCAGACCUGGCUUCAGCUAUCCUGGACCCAGAGGCACUACAGGUGAAAGGGGUGAGAAAGGAUCCCCUGGCCCAAGGGGCAGCAGAGGGGACUGCGGGGCUAAAGGAGAACCUGGCGUGAAGGGAACACCAGGAGACCCGGGAGAGGAAGGACCUCCAGGAGAACCUGGACCAAGAGGAACCAGAGGAGACGGUGGAAGAGAUGGGGAUCCUGGUCCUGAGGGUGACCCUGGCCUGACUGAAUGUGAUGUUAUGAGCUACAUUCGAGAGACCUGUGGUUGCUGUGACUGUGAGAAGAGGUGUGGAGCUCUGGAUAUCGUCUUUGUGAUUGACAGCUCAGAGAGUGUGGGUCUUACCAACUUCACCUUGGAGAAGAACUUCGUUAUCAAUACCAUUAACAGAUUGGGCUCCAUUGCUAAAGACCCUGAAGCACAGACAGGAACCCGUGUCGGUGUGGUCCAAUACAGUCACAGUGGCACCUUCCAGGCCAUUAACCUCAACGACUCCAGGAUCGACUCUCUGUCCGCCUUCAAAGAUGCUGUGAAGAGGCUUGAGUGGAUUGCCGGCGGCACCUUCACCCCCUCCGCACUGAAAUUCGCCUACGACAACCUGAUCCGCGACAGCAAGCGCAGCAGUGCCAAGGUGUCCGUGGUGGUGAUCACAGAUGGCCGAUUUGACCCGCGCGACAACGACAAGCUCCUCACAUACCUGUGCAACCAGGGCCGGGACAUUAACGUCAAUGCUAUCGGCAUUGGCGACAUGUUCGACGUGCCCCAGGACUAUGAGAAUCUGAACUCAAUCGCGUGCAUACAAAACGGCAACACCAACACCAACGCCAACGCAAACGUGAAAAGCAACGGCAACAGGGUCAUUCCCAUGAAGCGCUUCGCUGACCUGGUGGCAGAGGAGUUCAUCGACCAGAUGGAGUCAGUACUUUGCCCUGAUCCUGUCAUCGUAUGCCCCGAGCUUCCAUGCAAAUCCGAGCCUGCUGUGGCAAGCUGUGCCCAGCGCCCCGUGGACCUGGUCUUCCUGUUGGACGGCUCCGAGCGCCUGGGCAUGGAGAACUUCCGCCGUGCGCAGGAGUUCGUGGAGCGCGUGUCGCAGCGGCUGACGCUGGCACGCGACAAGGAGGACGAGCGCAACGCCCGCGUGAGCCUGGUCCAGUACGGCGGCGAGAAUGACCAGCGCGUGGUCUUCCCACUCUCGCACAACUUCACACUCAUUUCCGACGCCCUGGCACGCAUGACCUACAUGGACUCCUCGUCCAGCGUUGGGCCCGCCAUCACCUAUGCCAUCAACAACGUGGUGAUGUCCAACCGCAUAAGGCAAGCGCGCCGACACGCCGAGCUGGCUUUCGUCUUCAUCACUGAUGGCGUGACCAGCGACAAGGGCCUGGACGAGGCCAUCAGCGCCAUGCGCCGAAGCGAGGCCGUGCCCGUCGUGGUGGCCAUGGGAACCGACGUAGACAAGGAGGUGCUUACCAAGCUGGCACUGCAAGACGACGCAGCCAUCUUUAGGGGGCAGGAUUUCAAUCAGCUGGCGAAGGGCAACUUCUUUGAGCGCUUCAUCAGAUGGAUCUGCUGAGAGGGGGCAAAAUAAAAUGGGGUGGGUGGGGGUGGGGGGGUUGUUAUGCCUACUAUCAUGAUGAUGCGCUGAGAAGGGAUGUUUUAGGGGAUUUUAAAGAGUCGACACUAUUUGAUGGCAGAUACAAUAAUGAUUGGAUGAUGGUUUAGAUGAAACAUAUUGUGAUUGGCUGAAGUGAGCUAUAAAUGUCUUGCCAGGUUAUAAUCUGCCAUGAGAUAAAAGCUGACUUUAUUAAACACCAGUGAAUAUGGAAAGGCAAGGGAUGGGUUUAAGUCAACAUGACCAAAAGGAAAAGAAACAAGCUAACAGUACAAAACACCAAAGAUUUUUUUUUAAUGUUUCAUUUUUACAGCGAGAUGCAAAUGUAGUGUUUAUCUCCUUUUUUGUUUUGUUUUUUCAGAAGGCUUGUCCUGUGUAAAUGCAGAUACCCAACACAUUUACACACUGGUGCUAAAACUAGACAGACUGGAGUUUAACUUGUAUAUCUUUGAAAGAAUCUUACAUAAAAUUGCACAAAACUCAGUCAGCGUUUUAAUUCAGGGGAAUCCACAUAGCCAUUUCACUGACAUCCAAAUUGAAACCCUAUAUUGAUUUCUCCAUUUCGUUUUGCUCUGAACUGUGACUUGACAGGCAAAGUCACCAAGCUAGGUUUGCUACGUUUACUAGGUUGCAUAUCGACUAGACAAAACUGCAGAACAUGUAGGUGGUCACACAUGAGGUGCUGUGUAGGCCUACUUUGUCAUAGGAACCAAUGCUUUUACAGAAUGAAUAUCCUCCUUUCUGAGCACUGUUAUCAGUUGUAGACACUUGAAGCCAUAAUAAAGCAACUUGGAUUGAUUGUCUGUAGUUUUUUACACCAUAUUUGACAUAUGAAGUGUUUACCCCAUACAUUGUUGCUGUCAGUCUUCACCGUAAGAUCAAUAAAAUGAGCUGUGGUAACAA